CCAUUCAAGUCUACAAGUGUGCAAUGCAAUGCAAUGGCAGAUGCACAUUCGCUUUUGUAAAAUUUUAAACCUAUGUGCAUUUGCCAUACUUAAGAUUAAUCGUGAUCACCUUGCACGUACAGAAAUAUCCACAGCAUUUCUACUAAAUUACACUAAAUUCGGAUAUUUCUCCAAAUUCACUACUUUUUUCCAAAUUUUAAUCUUCACCAUGUCAAUCACGGAUAUCCUCUACAUUGCAAUAUUUCUCAUCCUCUUCUCUACCUCAUAUUUUGUCUACUUUACAAUUAAAGAAUUGCUAUUUUUCCGAUCCAAAAAAGUCUUCUAUUUAGGCAACGCUUUCGCCAAGGCCGUGUACUAUUUAACCCUUAAGAAAAUCGGGAUGUAUCAUCUUUUCCAGGUAAAUUACGACAAAAUGAAACAUGCUGGAGUCCACGUGGCCGGAAAUAUAGAUUUUGGCACGGUACAUUACACCGUCACAGAUUUGGAACUUUUAAAACACAUCAUGGUUAAAGAUUUCGACCACUUUGUUAACCGCCGACCUCUUCAAGUGCUAAAUAAUGACGUCGUGUUUAAGAAGAUGAUCGCAUUUCGACAGAGCGAACAGUGGCGGGCACUCCGCUCAAAAUUGAGCCCGACCUUUUCUUCGGGAAAAAUUAAGAAGGUUAUUCCCAUUUUUAAAGAAAGUUGGAAAAAGUUAGUGAAAUAUAUCGACCAAUGGUCGUCUCCCGAUGGAGAAAUCGACCUGGUCGAAUGCUUCUCAAAAUUUACUUUGGAUACGAUCACUUCCGCCAUUUGUGGCAUGAAUUCACACGCAUUGGCUCAAAGGGAACUCUCAAGUUUUGAGCUGAUUGGGAAAAAAUUCUCAAUUACGUUUGGUACUAAGGUUAUGAUAAAGUUUGCAAUAGUUUAUUAUUUUCCCAAGUUUGCGGGGUGGAUGGGGUUCUCGGUGUCGGAAUCGGCUGAAUUUCACAAAUUUUGCAGUGAUGGGAUAAAAACCGAGAUUAAAAGUCGGGAGAAAACGGGGAGAAAAAGGGAUGACUUUAUUGAGUGGAUGUUGGAGGCGAGGAAGAGUUGGGAUGAUGGCAAAGGUGUAGCGGCGACGGAUACUAGCGAUCUUUUAGACGAUGAUGGGAUAGUGUCGAAUUGCGAAAUUUUUAUUCUCGGUGGAUCCGAAACUACGCAAACUUUGCUGAUCUUUUGUGCGUAUGCUAUUGCAAUUCAUCCCGAGGUGCAAGGCAGGCUGAGAAAAGAGGUGGACGGGGCGUGGGAGGAAAAUGGAGGUGAUUUUACGUAUGAUUCUAUCCAAAGGAUGAAGUACUUGGACAUGGUGAUUAAUGAAACAUUGCGGUUGUACCCACCAUUUGCGAGCACGGAUCGUGAAUGCGUUUCAGACUACGUGCUGCCUGGGACGAAUGUCCUGGUAAGGAAAGGUGACAGCGUGAUUGUACCCAUCAGUGGAAUUCAUCACGAUGAAUGAUACUAUCCCAACCCUGAAGAAUUUGAUCCUGAGAGAUUCUCGGCGGAAAAUUCGGGGGAAAAUUCAUCCAUUUGCCUUCAUCCCGUUCGGACAAGGGCCGAGAAUUUGUAUCGGAGUUAGAUUUGCAUUAACAGAAGUCAAGCUGGUAAUUGCUCAACUGGUUCACAAUUUUGAUAUCGAACCCA